UUUAAAUUUAAUUUUGAAAAUUCAACGCAACACAACACGCUUAUUCGGUUACAUAGCCAAAUUAUCACUUCUCUCAUUAUUUUCUUCACAUUCACAUAAGCAAGUCAAUUUCAGAAGAAAAUACAGCGUUUAGAGACAUCAUGGGAGAAGAAGGUUGCGAGUGCAGGCCACUUGGUUUUUUGAUCGGAUUGCCCUUUGCUCUCUUGGCCUUGAUUUUAUCUCUUGUUGGUGCAGUUAUAUGGGUUUUUGGAUCUAUAUUGAGUUGCUUGUGUCCAUGUUGCAUUUGCUGCGCGGGAUUGGCCAAUUUGGCUGUGAGUCUGGUAAAGCUUCCAGUGAAAGUUCUGAGAUGGUUCACUCGACAAAUUCCUUGCUAGACAGCUUUUUCGUCUACCCCUUUUCGAUUCGUUUGUUGCAUUUGUUGGGUCUUGCCAUGGCCCUUUUCUAUUUCUUGGAUUUGCCUAUUCUUGUGAUUCAUGGAUUCAUAACGAUCAUUUACAGCUAAUAUUUGAUUCUUUUUCCUGUCUAAA